AUGAGGUACAACCACAAAUUUAUCUUUGAGGAGUUCAUUUCCCUCAACGACCAAGGUAUCCUAUACAAUUUUGAUGACCAUGCGGCCCUUAAUCAGCAAGUACAUCUCUGCUCUGACAACAUCGACAAUAUUGUGGCCCGAGGGUAUUUGUACGAGCAUGUGGGUACGAUCAAAGUUCACUGCCAGGAUUACGAUGAUUCACAUGCUCGGAUCAUGGUUUCGGAAAUCCUGCAAGAGGACGCUGAAAUCCCAGUCCCAAUUGAAGAGUUCAGAUAUGUUAGGGACGUGUACCAGAUGUUCCUUCCUUGGCCUAAACACUUAAUUUUAACAACCGAGGGUCCACUCGCUCAACCGCCCUCAAGACGUGAUGCGUCAAAGGGGAAAGCUCCGAUGCUUUCUCCACAAAGCCGUGGUGCACGGGAAGAUGACUUGUUCACGGAAGAGAAGAUGGCGUUGAUCCCUAAUUCGCUAAAAUGGAUGAUUCAUGAAUUCCUAAGGCUCAAAGAUAAACGUGAUAUAAUCACAAUUUCUGUCCCCCGAGGAUUCAUUGCACCGCGUACCCAGAUCAUUUUAUCUGGAGAGGAUUUGCAGCCGGUUGCUACGUGUAACUACAUCGGCAACCAGGGAAUGCUGUUUGGAAUGAUGCACAUAUGGGAGAGCAUCAACGGUCUGAGAAAAAUUUUCAAGUUUUACGACCCAGAGCUUCUCACAGUGCAUGGGAUCAACGAUGAAGAACAGAGUCAGUCUUUUGACGAUGCGGCAAGACGAUUGGCUAAUUGGUUAUCAUUAAUGAACAACAACCACCAAAUGUUCUUUAUUCCUUGGAAUAUCGGGUAAACUUUAUUAAAUUCUUUAGUGUUAAUUGUUCAUUUCUAUAUUAUGUC